CAAAACAAAGAUAAUUUGACAGUUGAUUGAUUUCUUGAUGAGCGCAUCUUCGUAAAUAUUUAUUUUAAUUCAUUGUAAACAAACAAAAAGAGAAACGAUUCAUUGUAUAAAACAAUUUCUGUGAAUUCAUUUUACAACCAUAUAAUGUUAGUAUAAACCAUAUAAGAUGUCAGUGCCAUUUAUUGUAAUAAGUUCUAUUUAUUUGAGAUACACUUUUGGAGAAGUAAUCAAUUUGUAUGGCGAUGCUGGCGAAGCUUAUGCUAUAGAAGUAAACAUAGGCCAUCCACACCAAAAGUUCAAACUACUAGUUGACACAGGGAGUACAACACUCGCCUUAGCUUCCUAUGCUCGGGAAGACAGCAAUGUAUACUUCCAUGCAGAUAAUUCCAGCAGUCUCUACAAUAGUGGCACCACUAUAGAAGCAGCAUACACUCAGGGUACAUGGACGGGCCUCCUUGCUUCAGACUUCAUACAAUUUCCAUCACUAAAUAUCCCAGAAGUACGCUCAGACUUUGCGCUCAUAACAAAGAGUCAUGAGUUUUUCACCAAGGCUUCAGUUUGGCAGGGUCUUUUAGGCCUCGCCUACAACCCAGUUGGAGCUUGGGGAAAAUCAGGUGCAGUCGAAUCCUGGCUAGACGCACUGGAUCGCAACAUGAACAAGCCAAUGUCAUUCCAAUUGAAACUCUGUGGUCCAAUCAGCACAUCUAACACUACACACUAUGGAUACUUUGAAGUUAUUGACAACCAAACGCCAAAAACGAAUCACAAUAAAACAUUCCGGACUCCAGUACUAAGGAAGCGAUGGUACGAAGUAGGCGUGAUAGGUGUCAGAGUCCUAAGUUCAUUGACCUCUGAGGCUAAGAACAAAACGACGGAUGAAAUAAGGGAGCCUGACAAAGAUAUGUGUGUACAACUGAACACGGUGAAGAGUAUUGUUGAUAGCGGAACUACACAGAUUAAAUUGCCUGAUAAAUUGUUUAGAGAGGUUGUUGAUGAGCUAAAGAAUGAAUUUAGGAAGUCUCAAGUCCUAAUCUUAGACGAAUUUUGGAAUCGAAGAGAGGCUGCAUGCUGGUUAGAGCCUCAAGUGUGGACGUUACCUUGGUUAGCCAUAGACCUGCUAAGCGCUGAUGCUGAUAACCAGUACUUCACGUUGGAGAUACCACCUCAGAACUACAUGUUAGUGGUGGGUGUCCACAACAGCAGUGACACUUCAGGCACAGUGUCCACGUAUUGCUACAAGCUCGGACUAGAAACUGGUUAUACGGAGACCGUACUGGGAUAUACUGCCAUGGAAGGAUUACAGGUAACCUUCAACAGGUCAGCCGGUUGGAUCGGUUUCCAAACAUCUGACUGCGGAGCUAACGCCCGCAUCACAGGUCCCUACAACACUUCAAAUUCUUUAAAAACAACUUGUGAGCUUAUAAAGCCAGUUGCAGAAGUAGCGACAUCCAUACAAGCCGCCCAAUGGGCACUAUGCGCUAUCUCCAUAAUAGCCGCCAGUGUGCUCUUAUAUUUACUCGCACCGUGUUUAAAAAACUUAUUCUUAAAAAAAAUGCCACGGUCACAACAGAUCUCCCUCUCGCAAGCAGCCUUAGUUGAAGAGGAUUCACCGUGAGUAUUAAAAAAAAAAAGAUUUCUCGCACAGAAUUAGUGAAUAUUUUCCAACACACAAAAUGUUAGCGUGUACAGGGUGUGUAUAAUAAUAAUAUUGUGCAAUAACAUUCGUUUUAGUCGUCUAUUUCGUAAUUUAUUAGUAAUUGUGUGACAAUACACCCUGUAUGUAACGUGUAAUUCAAGUGAUUGUGAAAAAAAAAACUAAAUAUAUAUGUAGGUACACUUUUUAUUUCGGUGUCUAAAAUUUGACUAAUGAAAAAUUCAGAACUUAAAAAAAACUUAUGAAAUUUUCACUGUUUUUAAUCUAUCUUUAAAGCAAUUAAUCUAACUAAAAGUCUUUUAAAAGUGUGAUUUUGUUAUUGUAAGUAAUUAAUAAGUAGUUCUUAAUAGUUUAAGAUUUAAUUCAAAGGAUUGUUUGAAUAAAAAUGAACUUUAAUCGACUAAUAAUAAAACGGAGAUUGAUACGAACCAAUAUUAUUAGCUCAAGAAUUCUACGUCGGAAUUCUCAAACCACGGCUUCUGUACCUAUUUUAAUAUUUGCACAAAUUGUGUAUUGGGAGAAAAAUAUCUGCAAAUAGUUCAAGGUAUGUGGCAUGUAAGUUCAGCUCAAUAUUCUCUCUUUAAAAAUAAUAGGAAUCCUUCCACAUUUAAAUUCAUCACUCGCUUUAUCACUUGAUUUCUCAUUACAUGCUCACACCAUGCGAGUCGAUCAGCUUUCCUGGAACCGUAUUGUUAGAAAUUGCAAUACUCCGUAAAAACUUAUUUGAAAAGUGUCGUUUGAGAAUUCGGAUGUAAGUAUACAAUCGAAUUAGUAAAACUGAGCUUCUAAUACUAAGUCAUACCGUGCAUUCCGUGGCAUAAUUUGAAAUAAUCGAUCUUAUUGCAGUAGAGUUACGGCCUUGAAACUCGCACAGAACAAAUUGUUAUACGAUCAAACAUUUUUGUUCUCAGUUUUUAAACUGACAUAGUCACUAGUAAUAUUAUUAGAAUUUAAAACGAUUUUUUACCAUUUUUAUUAGAUAGUUUUUGUGAGUUUCUGAUAUUUCGGCACUGUUGCAACUGCUACUGAAUGAAACUCACAAAAACUAAUAAACAUGGUAAAUAUCCCGUUUUAAAUUCUAAUGAUAUUUCUGUUCUCUAUGAGAUAUGUUUAGAAAAGUCUCCGAUACCAAAAUUCGAAAUUUAUAGUGUGAUUGUGAUAGUUGAUAAAUACUCAAUUUUAGGGCAUUGUGGUAUGAUCUAGUUACGUACUCUAAAAGAGUAGUGUUUUAUUUUUAAAGUCUGAGUAGUUAGAUAGUUUUAGAUUUAUCUAUCCAAUAUUUUUAAUAUCACUUUUAAAAUUACACCUCUGCCUAUUUAUGCAGUAUGGCAACAUUUUGCUUUACGCAAAUGUACCAAUAACGUAAAGAUUCUAUUCUUGAAACUUCAUAUUAUUUAUUUUACAUCAAAGUAUUUUCUGACCAGUAAUUGCUAGUAGGGAUGGGAUGACUAUCGAUAUUCUUUUUCGAUAUUUUAAAUAAAAAUACAUAUCAAAUUAUAAUCGCAAUAAAACCAGUAGUGUUGAUCUCGAUAUUUAUUAAAACUUUAAUGCCUUAGGAAACAGUGUCGCCAUCUUUGCGAGCAAACUGGAACUUUUGUAAAUAUACACACGCUAUUAUUAAAUCAGUAUUGCACUUAUAAAUUUUCUAAUCGUUUUGCCAUAUUAUUAUAAAUGUAUUUUAUAUUAAUAAGUAAUCACGCUUAGUAUGCAAUAAUACUAAAUAGAUUUAAUUUUAUAAUUAUAGGUAAUAUUUAUUAUAUUUCACGUAUUUGUUUAUAAACUAGUAUGUUGUGAUAGUUGUCUUAAAAAACGCUAUGGAAGAUCAAUUUUUAAUAAUCUGUUUUUUUUAAUGUUUGGUCUAAAAUGUCAAUUAUUAUGUUAUCGACUUAUGUUAUGUUCCGUGAAACUGUUUGACGAGGAACUAGACUAGUUUCAAGCCAUGAUAUAGCCACUAAGUAAGCCGAUAACAUAAUAAUUAGUAUGUCUCACGAAAGUUGUAAUAAAAAAAAAGUGUUAUGUUUUGUACAUUCAGUUCUAAAAAAAAUGUCUAAAAACAAAGCAUUUAUGAUCUGUGAACGUACAUUUUGACAGAAAAAAAAACAGCAACUCGAUGAUAUUUAUAAAUAAGCAUAAGUAUGUGUACUUAAAUGUGUGAUGUGUCGGUUUUUUUAAUUUAUUUUUUUCCUAUGUGUAAUUUAUUUCUAGAAUCGUUCGUUUCUAAGCGAUUUAUUAUAAUUAUAAUUAUGUGUAUAAUAAGGCGUAUAAGAAGCAAUGACGUCCGUUCGUGUCGUAUGUAGUAUUAUUUUCUAUAUCUAUUUGCAUAUUAUAAUUCAUACUGAAUGGUAUUUUUUUAGUUAAGUGAAUGUAGCUAAAUAUAAUGUUGGUGAUGAAAUAAUUAAUCGAAAGCUUAAGUCGAUCAAGGGGUUUAUAAUAGAAACAUUAAUUAAGCUGUACAUAGGUACAGUGUCCUUAAAACCUCUAUUAAUAUAAGCUCUAUAGUUUACUGUGUUUUUUACGCAAGGUUAUGUCAUGGACGAUGAUGUCAGGGAAUCAUGACUAUGAACCCCGGCGUUGUUUGAAAUCAGUCGAGUAACCUCGAACAGUUACGUGAGUUAGCCAUACAACCUAAAUAGGAUAAUUAUUGACGGAAACUGUUUCUUAUCAUUUAAUAUUACUGCCAUAAAAUAGUACCUAUUGAGUCCAUAUCAAAAUAUCGAUUGUCGAUUGUUAUUUUCGAAUUAGAUAGGAUUUUUGUAAUACACUCAUACGUUUGUAUUUUAUUGCAACAGUACUUAAUUAUUUUUAAUGUAAUCAUAAUGUAUUAUUUUAAGUAAUUCAAUGAGAACUAGUGUUCUUUUAGUAUUUUAGUCAGCUGAAUGCCAUUUAUGUAUUUUAAUUUCGAAAUUAUUUGAUAAAUUCGAUAUUUAUUUUUAUUUAUGUAACUGUGUGUGUAACUUUAUAAGUUGUAGUCAGAAAGUGGCGCUAGUGUCGAAAAUGGGAGGUAACCGUCUGUCUUAUAUAGGUAUUGUUUAAAGGGAUGAAAGGAAUAAUGAAAAUUGGGGCUACCAUCUUUUUGCUUACCAGAUGAUACUACUAUCCACCUCACGUAUUUUUAUCCAAUAGAAAAUUAGCCAGUGUUACACAAUUUGACGUUAAAUUUUUGACAAUCGCAUGGACAUUUGAUGAGCAAACAAUUAUAACCCCUAUUAGAAAGGAUUAUGGAUGAAUGUAAAAUGUAUUAGCUAAAGAUGACUGAAGAAAGAAUGGUUGGUUUAUGUGUAGAAAAUAGUACGUUAAAUGCCGAACGAAAUUAAAAACGUGGGGAGUUGAUACGUUGCGCCAAACCCCAGAAGAUUUGAAAUAAGGUGUAGCUAUGUAAAAGGUGGUAGGUGUAUGAUAUUACAGUGUUUGACUUUAUCUACUUAUUUAUUAUAAUAUCUAUUGUAAAUUCUAAUGACCAAUUUAGGCGAAAGGGUUAAAUAUUAUGAAAUUAUAAAAUAUAUUUACAAUAAAUUAAUUUGAUCAAUAAAAUAAA